AUGAAAGAUCACAACGAUCGGCCGUUCCAGAUCUUCGCGAAACUUCUGGACGGAAAAACAACAAUUCUAAAUUUCAGAACUCCAGAUUCACGUACCACCCAGUCAAUCAAGCAAAAAAUAUUCGAAAUCACGAAAAUCCCAGUCCAUUAUCAACGUUUGAUCUGCAGAGGAGUCCAAUUACACGACGAUGCGAUCAUCUCAACCCCCGAAUCUACCGUCUAUCUCCUCCUCCGUCUCCUCGGUGGCAAAGGUGGGUUCGGGUCUCUCCUCCGUGGGGCCGCCACAAAAGCGGGUCAAAAGAAGACGAAUAAUUUUGACGCGUGUCGGGAUAUGAGUGGAAGGAGGUUGAGGCAUGUGAACGCGGAGAAGAAGUUGGAGGAGUGGAAAGCGGAGGAAGAGGAUAGGAGGCUGGAGAAGAUUGCGGAGGAGUUUAUGAAGAAGAAGGCGAAGAAAGGAAAGAAAGGGGUUGGAGAUGGUGAGGCGGAGAAGUAUGUGGCUAAGUAUAGAGAGGAGUCGGCGAAAUGUGCUGCAGUAGUCGAGGAGGCUGUGAGGGAGGUGUUUGGGAAUGGGAAUGGUUUUAGGAAGAGGAAGGGGAAGGGGGUUUUGGAAGGCGCAGAAGCCAAGAAAUUAAAGAUUUGGAUGGGGAAGAGAAAAUUGGGUGAAAGUGAUAGUGAAGAAAUGGAUGAAGAUAACAGUGAUGAUGACAGCGAUGAGGAAAACAAAAAAUCUGUUGUUUUAAAUAAUGGGAAUCACUCAGAUUCAAAUAAGGAUGCUGAGGGGAGUACAGAUUCGGUUACUGGAAAUCAAGAUGGAGAAUGUUCCAGUGUUGCAUCAUUCACUAGUGGCUCUGAGGGAGAAAAGGAGGCUUCUGCAGAGCAAAGCUUGAUAUCUAAUCACCGUGGAGAAAUUGCUCCAAACAAAGAGGAUGAAGUGGUUGAAGCACAGAUUCUUGAGGAAACAGUAGUGAAGACUGCAGAGAUUUCUGAAACUGAAGCACUUGAGGCAGAAAAGCAGGAGACUAUUGGACCUAAUUCUCAAUGUCCAGAUGCAUCAAGUUUUGGAGAUGGGGGAAUUAUUGAAAGCAGACCAACUAUUGCCGAAGCCGUUGAUUUCUCUAGGUCAAAACCUGAGUCUAAUGAAAUAGUUAAUGUACGCAAUGGUGAUUUGGAGAAGCCUAUAAAUUUUGAUGAAUUCAAUUCAGCAUCAGAGUUGGAGGCACUUGGCAUGGAAAGGUUGAAGACUGAGCUGCAGGUCCGUGGGCUUAAAUGUGGCGGUACUUUGCAAGAGCGCGCUGCACGGCUUUUCCUCUUGAAAUCUACCCCUUUGGAGAAGCUUCCCAAAAAACUACUUGCUAAGAAAUGA